UGGAUUCUUGUGGUUGGGAUCACAUGGCACAUCAUCCAUGCCAAACAACAAGUAACUGCUGGAUGUGUAGAUCAGGGGCGGACUGACAACUCAUGGGGCCCCCGGGCAUUAGGGGAUCAUGGGGCCCCUGUGUCCUUGCCCCAACUCCAAAAAGCCUAUGAAAAAGGUACCAGGGGCAUCUCAUGGGGCCCCCUACUGACCCCGGGCCCUCGGGCAGUGCCCAAAUUUCCAAAU